UCCACCAACAAGGGCACAAACCAUGAGCCUUCUUCACUUCAGGGAAUGCUAAACUGGAAUGUCCAGGAAGGCCCAUGCUUCAGAUAGCAAUCAGUCAGCUGCCUUUCAUGUUUGGCACUCACUUGCCUGCCUUCUAAAUUAUAGGCCCCAAAAUGUAGUUUCCUGAUCCAGAUGCUGUGCUUCUCUUCUGAGUAAUGGUCCAGCAGGCAGGAUGCUGGGGACGGCACGGCCAACACAGAACUCUGCUGGAGCAUUGAGCAGGCUGCAGACUCAGAAAACACACCUGAAAAGUAUUUGUCUGCAGUAUCUGCUUCUGAACAGCCAUUGCUUUUGCCUUUUAAAGAAUGGGAUGGGACUAAUCAUCUUCUUCCUAUGUGCUUACGUACCAAAGACAGAAGCAAGUCAUUGCAAGUGGGCAGAAGUUCUGAAAGAUUUGGAAAGGAUCAAGACAUCCAAAGAUAUUGAUGUCAGUUUAUACACUGCAAAUGCAGAUGAGGAUCUCUCACAGCCCAUCUCUGCAGAUAUUCAGAUGUAUUUGAAUAAUAAGAAAAGAUGCCCAGAAGAAUGCCAAGAACUUGUAUUGAGGUGCUUUUUCUUAGAGACAGAAGUGAUAAUUCAAGAAUGUCGUAUCAAAAAUUGUAGUAAAACACAGGAUGUGUGGAACAUAUGGAAAAAUGGAAAUGAAAGCUUUGAAAAUAAUAAGUUGACUUCCACAAAAUCAGAAAAAUGCAAAGAGUGUGAAGAAUACGAAGAAAAAAAUUUUACAGAAUUUGUACAAAAUUUUGAAAAGGUUAUACAAAGGGAUUGCAAACACUGACCAAAAGACAUAAGCUGGGAAACAAGAUUCUUAGAUGAACACCCUCAGAGAAAUUAAAUUAUCACCAAAAAUAAAACAGAAAAAAAAAUCUACAAUCCUCUUGGCUAUCUCUUAUUAUAUCUGUUUCUAUUGUGGUUUUCAGGUAAGCCAAAUUACUUCUUCUACCCAAGAACUCUAAGCCAAAAAUUAGAAUAUUUAUGUGAAGACUCUUCUUUGUCUUUUCCCCCUUUUGCACAAUGCUAGCAUAAGGGCAUUAAAAAUCACCUCCAGUCUUCUCACAGAAGGUAAAGCUGGUGCUUGGUUCUUAUAUCCAGCAACAACAUGUACUGUUCCUUCAUCUGUUAUCUCCAACAUGAAUUUAUUCAUUAAUGGCUACAACUCCUUUAUUGAUGACCAAAGGUUUCAACUGAGAUGUCAACCAAAGCAGUGUUAAAUUAAUUCUCUGAAUAAAAGAGGUGACCAAGUCUCUUGCACUC